AAAAUAUAGACUAAACCAGUACAAACCCCAUGGUUAAAUUGAUCCCCUGGAGUUACCAUAAAAAAAAAAAAAAAAGAUCCCAUAGUGUUGAUUUUAUUAAAGUUGGGUGACCACCCUUGACAUUUUCCCUUGUGUUUGUUGUUUGGACAGUGGACGGUUUUCCACGCCGGGCUUGCGCGGCUUUUAAGUUUUUGAAUCCACAUCCUCUCCGUCUACACCCUAUUUUCCUAUUUUUAUUCGAAUUCCUCUCCAUGGAUGAAGCAGUAAGUCCGAGGCAGAGAGCGACAAUGAUAAACCGUCUUCAGUCUCCCACCACUGCCUUUUUUUUGCGCUCCAACGAUGACAGACUCGAACGCGCACAGGCACGCGCAGCCGCACGCGCCGCUGCAAUCCGUCCAACAGCCCCCGUAACCAAUCCUCCUUCACCGCCUUCCGAUUAUUGUCUCAGCAAACAACAAAUCAUCGACUUGUUCCAGAACUGCAUUAAGCUCGCCAGCGAAAAUAAAAUAAACCAGAAGAAUACUUGGGAGUUGAAGCUUAUUGAUCAUCUUAGUGAUAUCAUCAAAGUUGAUGCUGCAGAAGCUGAUUCACAGGCUAAUUUCCAAAGGGCAAGUUGCACGCUGGAAGCCAGCGUGAAAAUUUACUCUGUCAGAGUGGAUGCUGUGCAUGCUGAGGCCUAUAAGGUCCUAAGUGGGAUCAAUCGAAUAGGGCAAGAAGAUGUACAUGAGAUGCACUCAGAGGGUGGUAACGUAAAUAACAGUGUGGAGGGCAGUCAUACUAAGAGAGAAUCUGAGAAGAAGAUCUCACCACUGUCAACAUUGGAGUGCUCGUUUGAAGCUCUUAAUGCAAAGAAGUUUGAGGUUGCAUUUCUAGCAGAUCCUUUAUAUCAGCAAACAUCUGCACAAUUCGAUGAAGGUGGGGCAAAAGGCCUUCUAUUGAAUAAUCUUGGAGUAUAUCAAGGUUGUAGGGUACUCUUUGAUUCUUUUGAAGUGCCUGGGAAGUGCAAAUCGUGUUCAGUUCAAAAUAAAUCCUUGGACAUGAUUGAUAUCUCAUUUGCAGAAGAAUGUAUUGAGAACAUGGUGAUGAACAUGCAAACAAAGAAUGAAAUUUCCCCAACUCUCAGGGACAUUGUACUCCAUUUUGGUAAAGAUAAUGAAAGAUUAGAGCAAACAUUCCAUGUAAACCAGAAUUUUGAUAUCCUAGUGGAUGCAUUUGAUGAGGAAGCUGACUUGGGUAACAACUCAAUUGGGGACCAUGAAGCCUGGACCUCUGAUCAUGAUGAAGUGUCAUGUGUUGUGAAUGAGACAUCCAGUUUUGGUCCUACAUUUAAUAACCUGCAUGAGGAGAAUUGUUCACAUGCAUCAUGUGAACCCAAUCUUCAGGAAGAAUUUGAAGAUGUUGCUGCGGUGCUGUGUCAAGGGUUCCUGUUGCGGAAUACUUGGGCUGGUCCUGAUCAUUGGAAAUAUUGGAAGUUCAAAGGUUCUGGUGAUGUUCCUGCUACAGAAAGUAGAUCAGCUUCCACUGCUAAGAGACCUAAGAACAAAAACAUGAUGGAUGUUGAUAUUGAUUUCAUGAAAUCCUUGGACAAUGAAAUGCCUGAUAUAUUUUCUCCCCCCAAAAAUCCUAAGUCUUUGAUGCUACCUGCAAAUAGAGCACUGUUUAGCAACACACUUCCAGAAGACUGCCAUUACCGCCCAGAGAAUCUUGUCAAAUUGUUUCUUCUUCCUAAUGUUCUGGUGACUUGGGCUUGGGUCUUUUAUGAUUUUAGAUGCCAAAUUGACUCGGAUGAGAUCACCAAAACCUUGGGCCGUACAAGGAAGAGUAGAAGAAAAAAUGCAGAUUAUGGUUCAUGGCAACAAGACAAUGAUUUAGAAGAAGAGUUGCCAUCAUGGGGUAAUGAAAGUGGAGUUAGCAGCCAAUACAAUGAUGGAUAUAUUCAUGAUGAUGUGAGAGAUUCUUAUGAAUGUGUGACUCAGCCUCACAAGGUAAACAAAAUUGAAGUUCAGUAUGACAAAAAUUCUAAACAAGUUGACGUACAUGCAUUGAAGGAAACACUUUGGGACCACAUGCAAGUGUCUAUGGAAGUUUCUGAACUGGGCUGCAAGGCUAUGUUGUCUUUCAAAGUUUCAAACAUGUGCUGGUCACAUUUCCCAUCAAUUGCCAAGCUGCUCUAAAGGAGGAUAUUUCACCCCAUUUGUGUUUUAUCUGUCUCUUACACUUGGCUAAUGAACAUGGUUUAAACAUACAUGGUUGUCCUGGUUUAGAUGAUCUCACUGUACACAUUCCCUCAUCUUGCCAAAAGGCAGAUACAAUGGCCUAGGCUUCAUCAUGGUCAAGAAUGCUGCCAUCUGUUGAGCACAUUGCAGGGGGGUAGGAUAGUUCUGUUCCAGUUUUUGGGGCCUUUCAAGCAACUGGGGAGAACGAAAAUUUUGUGAGUGUAGGUUACAUUUAGUAUUUUGAAACUGCUGCAUCAGACUUUGAUCAGCUUGUCUGCAGACUACCACUUGUGGGUAAUGUGAAUAUAAUCUAAAUUGCAAGUGAAAACUGAAGAACCCAUGUUCUUCAGCGAGUUAUACAUGUCAAUUCAAAUUAAAGAAGAAUCCUAGUU